AGAGACGCACGCAGGGGGAAGACAAGGAGACACAGCAGCUGACGCUUGAAUAAAAGGAGAGCGUGGGAGACGAACGGGGAGGCGCGCACAAGAGCCACAGAAGGAAACACUUGAGAAAGAAAGAAAAAAAAAAAAGAAAAGAGAGAUAAGAGCCAUCUAGAGGAUGAGGUGUGUUGCCGUUGUUGCCGUGUUGAGUCUUCUCUCAUCCGGGCACUCUGCUCCUGUGAGCGGCUGUGACAGUCUGCUAAAACCAAUAACUCUCAGCAAUAAAGGCAUGUUGGGUAGGUGGCUGUACAUCGGGGGGAGCUCUGACCUCCCGGGAAGCCGCUCCUUGGGCCGACUGCUGACCAGUGCCUGGCUGGACGUCACUGCAACCACCCAGAGCAACAUCCUCAAUCUCCUUCAGACUCAGAGAAUGUAUGGUGAAUGUUCAAGCUUAAUAUACAAUGUGACCUUUGAAAACAGCACAAUGUUAAUUGAGCAACCUUUCUACCUCAAGGAAGUCUACCUGACGACCGACUGCUCCAACUGUCUGGUUGUCCAUGAAGAGGUUAUCUCGGGCAAAGACACUUUUACCAGUCUUCUGCUUUUUAGCAGGACGAAGACCGUCUCACCUGUCGUUCUGGAGAUGUUCAACAAACAAGCAGAGUGUCUCCGCAUGCCGUCGCCCCUGAUGAUAGACUCAAACUAUGAAAUCUGCCCAGACAACAUCGCACCCUCAGAGGGGCUCAGUGCCCUCAACUCCUUAUUAGAGGCCAAGAUGGGACAUCGAGUUGCAAGAAUUCUGGAUACCCUUUUUGAUAUGUUUGUGAACUGAUUUAUACCUAGUUUUGAUUUGAGCUUAUUACAAUUUAUGAUAGUAGUAGUGUCAUUAUCAUUGUAAUUCUACUGUGUACCUGAUGAUUGUGGAGACAGAGGAUAAAAUGACUGGAUUCAGGAAUUCCAAGAACUUCAUUGUCGUAUACAUUCAAAUGCUACCAGCGCUUUUCCAACAAAAACCUUGUUACUCUCCGAUCAACAUUUACAACAUAUACAAAGUUUACGGUCACUAUCACGCAGAGUUACACACAGUGUUAUAUUAUAAACAAGUACAUAAAAAGAAAAUAGAUAAGUAUACUUGAAUAAAUUGAGCGGAAAGCACAGUGGCUUACUGGCUACCUGCCCCUGCACCCUGCAGACUGUUGAAAAGUCUUCUCGUCUGCGGACUAAAGCUGUCUCUUAAAACGAGCGCUGUGCACCUCAAUGUUACGCCAUUGCUUAUUCAAUAGUAGCAGUGUCAAUAAGUGAUUGCCUGGACAAGUGAGUGAAAUCAUAGGGUAAGCUGGGUUAAGAAGCUCAAGGUGGGCACAC